AUGCUGGAAGUGCCUGAAGCGGAAACAAGUUUUUUAUCAGGGUCAUCACUAGACGAUACAUAUUUUCAGAGAAUAGAAGGUCUUGAAGAAGCAUCCCAGCCAGGAGAAAGACAAAGCCAAGAAAUUGGAACAAUAGCUGAGUUAGCUAAUACUAUCGAUGGAUAUUUAGAUAAUCCAAGAACAAAUAGAACGAUUUUAUCCAAUCAAAUAAAAAGAGCAACAAGACAGAUACGUCGCAAGUAUGAUAAUCUCCAGACUGAUCUUAUAAAUGAGCAACAACGAAGAUAUAAUGCUGAAGCUGAACGAGAUUUACGACAAACAGAGUUAAGAAAUACAGAAGCAGAUCUUAACUUAAUGACUACUGCAUAUAAUGGAGAUGAAAAUUUGGAAGAAUUUCUAGCUCAAUUCAGAGCAGAAAUAGAAGCACGUGGCAUUGAUAUUGCGGAUGCUGCAGCUAAUCCAGCAGGAAGAGAUAUUUUAGUCGCAGGACGUACAGCUGUACAAAUAGGUAAUCAAGCAUUAAAUCGAGCAAAUGGACAAGCUGGAAAUGUAAUGAUACCAUUAAGAGCUGCAGCAGAUCCAUGGAAUGAAGAUUGGAAUAUUGUAGGAGGAAGACCAACUAAUGAUGCUGUCAAUGCUCCUAAUGCAAAUAACGGACAAACUGUAGUUGUAGCAGGAAUAAGAAUUGAUCAAGCUAUAUGGUUAUUAAAAACACAAUCUCCACCUAUAGAAGAAGAAAUACGAGCACUUAUAUAUGGUUCAUUAGUUCAAGGCGAUAAUAGUGUAGAAGAAUUUGCUAGAAGAGUAAAACAUGCUGGAAAAAUUUUAGGAUAUGGAGAUGAAGAUUUGCGAAGGAAAUUUUUAGAUGGAUUAGUACCAGAAUGGUUAGAAAAAGCUGAAGAUAUAGUGAAUAAAAAAGAAUCUAUUCCUGAUCCGCAAAAAAUAAUUAAUGAUGCAUUAACCCAAUUUAAAUCUGAACUGGAAAAACGAGAUGCUGAACUAUCAAAACGUGAUGCUGAACAUAAAGCUGAAAUAGAGAAAUUACAACAAAAAUCGAAGAAAAUAUCACCACCUAUACCACCAAAAAAUAUGGAAGAAAUUAAUAACGGUCCAUUACUAGAAUUUUUGGAAAUAUAUAAAAAUCGUAGUGAUAAUAUAAAGAAGACACAUAAUGAUAGAAUAGGAAGAAUAGAAGAAGGACUUAAUGAAACUCGGGGAGCUAUGAAUCAGUUAACUGAAGAAUUCCAAAAACCAAAUAUACGUAAAGCAAAUGACGAAGAUAAAGAGGAGGGAUAUAAUGAAGAAGAAAAUAUAUGGUAUGAAUCAUCAGAGAGCGGAGCUCAUUCAAUGCGAAAAAUGUGUCAGUCUCAUACAGUUCGGGAGGAAGAAUCAAAAUUAGAUGAAUGGUUUUCAUCUUUACAAUAUCUGAAUGCUAAAAUAGAUAACAUAUCAAUCUCUAAUUCUUUCUUAGAUCCUGGAAGUGAAUUUGGAGCCUUAAAUGAUGCAACAAUUAAUGUCCUGGGAUGGAAAGCUGACAAGCCAUCUAACUUUGAUAUAAAAGGUAACUCUAAACAUGUCACAACUAUUGGAAAUUUUACACGUAUUGAUAAUGGUGAAUCCGAACCAAUGUUAUGUUUAGGUAUGACAUGGAUUCGAAAAGUUCAAGGUAUUCUUGACCCGAAUAAAAACCAAUUCCGAAUGAAGUAA